AUGAACAGAUAGAUAUACUGAUAAUAUCACAUGUUGUUAGCAUUGAUAAUAUAUGUGCAAUUUAUCUCUCGUUCAUAUUUUUGCGAAGUAAUUCUGUUCUAUUAUAUAUUUUAUUCAGGAAGGAAAUGAUGACGAUAAUAGGUAGAAAGACUAUCUGCCUCUGUGUGCUCGGAAUUCUUCUUCAUGAUGUUCUGUCAAAGCCGUUGUCAACAGACAGUGACAGUUUCCUAAAUUACAUGAAAGAAUACGACAAAGCAUAUUAUUCAUCGGAAGAGUUCGACAAAAGAUUCCAGAUUUGGCAGCAGAAUGUUGAUUUGAUCAAUCAACACAAUAAGGAGUUCUCCAUGGGUCUUCAUUCAUACACAAUGGGUAUCAACCAGUUUGCUGAUAUGGUAGGUCUCGGCGCUGUAGUGUCUUGUCAGCUAUAA